UAUGGGCAGGACUGUUCAGGGCUCAGUUAUGCCAGACAAGUACAGGAUGGUGUUUUUGGAGGUGUUCGCCUCGCUGGAGCAGCGAGUUCUCUGGAAGUGGGAGACAGAGACGAUGGAAGGUCUACCUAGCAAUGUACGUCUGGCCAAGUGGCUCCCCCAGCAGGACAUUCUUGGGGAUCCCCGUCUGCGCCUGUUCAUUACCCACGGUGGUCUGUUGAGUUCCCAAGAGGCUACGUACCACGGCGUGCCCAUCCUGGGUAUUCCGGUUUUUGCAGAUCAGCAACACAACAUGAGAAAUUCCCAGAGGGAGGGCUGGGCACGAACUAUGACCUGGGAUGACCUCUCGUACGACCUCCUACGUCAGAAUAUCCUGCAGAUCAUCAGUGACACCAAACUGAGGCAGGAGUCGGAGCGACGUUCAGCAGUGAUGAGAGAUCAGCCCAUGACACCAGCAGAGUGGACCGUGUACUGGGCUGAGUAUGUCAUCAGGCACCGUGGAGCGACCCACCUCCGCUCUCCGUUCUUUACCAUGCCAUGGUAUGAAGUGUACAAUGUGGACGUGUGGCUUCUGUUAACGGUCGUAACAGUGCUGAUCAUCUGCCUCUUCUGUUGGAUUGUUCACACUGUUGCCUCCCGCUUCUGUUUUCCCAGCGUCAAGCACAAACAGGAAUAGUCUGCUUCUGUUGUUCCACUAGAAAGUGUGAACAGGAAUAUUCGACUUCUGUUGAUCCAUUGCAAAGUAUAAACGGGAAGAAUUGAUUACUUUUGUUCCACUAGGAAGCAUAAACAGGAAUACUGGGCUACUGUUGCCCCAUCAGUAAGAACAAACAAGAACAAACAACAAACAAGGAAGAGUCCGGCAGGAACCAAAAAUCGUCUUGUUUGCAACAAGAGACACGGUGGGAAACAAGCUUUUAUCCGGGCAACAUUUCGCCCUGUGAGGCACAUCAUCACACCUUGAUAUUAAGUUCUACACGGAGCGAAACAUCGCCAGAAUAACGACAUGCUGUAAUUACCAGUCACCUUGUGCUCGAUACGUUCAAUAAAAUCUAUAAAUUACA